GAUUUUGACCAUGUGACUUGUUGAUGUGACCAGUAGAGAUACGCAAUGGACCAAUAACUGAUCUUAAAGGAUGGUAGCCUCUCUUUUGUCACGCAGGAUCUACCAGCUGUGUUGGCAAUGUAGAUUAUCUGCUGGGCCGUAUAUUUCCUCAAGAAGCUUUUUUUCGAGGACCAAGACACAUUAUGAAGUUCUUGGGGUUAAACAGGAUGCCACAGAAGAAGAAAUUAAAGCAGCCUAUAAAAGACUUUCUAAAAAGUAUCACCCUGAUACAUCCUCAGAAGUUAAUGCUCAGGAGAAGUUUAUAGCUAUCACAGAGGCUUAUGGAACACUCAGUAAACCGCUGAGUAGAAGAGACUAUGACUUAAAACUCAAGUACGGACCCGAGCACCUAGAACAGAAAAAAAGGGAGGAACAACAACAAGAAAAUGAGACAUGGAGAGACAAACACUACUGGCAAAGAACUAAGGAAGAAGAUCGACAGUUCAGGAAAUGGUAUUAUAAUGAGUUUGGGAUGGGUAGUCGACACUCUCCUAAUGUACUGGACCCUUUCUUCUUCCUGUCGGGUAAACAAGCCAUUAUAUUGGCAAUAACAUUGGGGAUCUGUCUACAGUAUGCCAGAUACAGAUGGCUGAGAAGUCGUAUGGAGUUAUCAGACACAGAAAACAUGAAUAGACUGAAGAAAAUGGAUGAAGAAAAACAACACAGGCUAGAGUGGAUGAAGAAGGAAAGAGAAAAGUUUAAAGAUGCUGUGGAUUUGGAACUGAAAAAAGAUGAUGAUGUAGAUCUUCAGUCAUUUAUAUACAAAGACAGUCCAAUUACGAACACUAACCCUGUAUAACUGGACAUUUUAACAAAUGUUCAACACUGACACUCUUUUGAUAUUUUAACAUGAUAUUAAUGACAAUUUUAGUAAAGUGAAGUUGACUGAAUGUAUGUUUAUUUGUAUUUGAUGUAUGUUUUAAUAAAACUGCUUUUACUUGA